GCGCUUGCGCGGCUCGGUGCCCCAGGGUGUUGCUGGGAAACAUCUGCCGACCGCUGCGGCGGGGACCGGCCGACAUGGCGGUGGCGGCUGCGGCGGCGCUGGCGCGGCUCGCGGCGGCCUUUCUGCUUCUCGCAGCCCAGGUGGCCUGUGAGUACGGCAUGGUGCACGUGAUCUCUGAAUAUGGGGGCCCCAAAGGCAGAGACUACUGCAUCCAGUACAACCCUCAGUGGGCUCACCUGCCACACGACCUCAGCAAAGCGUCUCUCCUGCAGCUGCGCAACUGGACAGCAUUCCUGCUCUGUUCUCCCGGUGACCUGCCCACCAAUGGCUUCAGCAACCAGAUCCCACUGGUGGCCCGAGGGAACUGUACCUUCUACGAGAAAGUGCGGCUAGCCCAGGGCAGUGGGGCACGCGGGCUGCUUGUCGUCAGCAAGGAGAAGCUGGUCCCCCCAGGGGGCAACAAGACACAGUAUGACGAGAUUGGGAUCCCUGUUGCCCUGCUCAGCUACAAAGACAUGCUGGACAUCUUCAGGCGUUUUGGCCGAGUGGUGAGGGGGGCACUGUAUGCCCCUAAUGAGCCGGUGCUGGACUACAACAUGGUCGUUAUCUUCAUCAUGGCUGUGGGCACUGUUGCCAUUGGGGGCCACUGGGCUGGGAGCCGGGAUGUGAAGAAAAGGUACAUGAAGCACAAGCGAGAUGAUGGGCUUGAGAAGCAGGAGGAUGAGGCUGUAGAUGUGACACCGGUCAUGACCUGCGUGUUCGUGGUCAUGUGCUGCUCCAUGCUGGUGCUGCUCUACUACUUCUAUGACCAGCUCGUCUAUGUCGUCAUUGGGAUCUUCUGCCUGGCCUCCUCCACGGGCCUGUACAACUGCCUGGCGCCCUUCGUCCGGAGGCUGCCAUUCUGCAAGUGCAGGGUCCCGGACAACAGCCUGCCCUACUUUCACAAGCGCCCCCAGGCCCGCAUGCUGCUCCUGGCACUUUUCUGCAUCACUGUCAGCGUGGUGUGGGGCAUUUUCCGUAAUGAGGACCAGUGGGCCUGGGUCCUCCAGGAUGCCCUGGGCAUUGCCUUCUGCCUCUACAUGCUGAAAACCAUACGCCUCCCCACAUUCAAGGCCUGCACGCUGCUGCUCCUGGUGCUCUUCCUCUAUGACAUCUUUUUCGUGUUCAUCACACCUUUCCUGACCAAGAGUGGUAACAGCAUCAUGGUGGAGGUGGCCACUGGGCCCUCAGACUCGGCUACCCAUGAGAAGUUGCCAAUGGUCCUGAAGGUGCCUAGGCUGAACUCCUCACCGCUAGCCUUGUGUGACCGGCCCUUUUCCCUGCUGGGCUUUGGAGACAUUUUAGUGCCAGGGUUGCUUGUAGCGUACUGCCACAGGUUUGACAUCCAGGUGCAGUCCUCCCGGGUGUACUUCGUGGCCUGCACCAUCGCCUAUGGCAUCGGCCUCCUGGUGACGUUUAUGGCCCUGGCCCUCAUGCAACGAGGCCAGCCUGCCCUCCUCUACCUGGUGCCUUGCACACUGGUGACGAGCUUCGCUGUGGCGCUCUGGCGCCGGGAGUUGGGCGUGUUCUGGACGGGCAGCGGUUUUGUGAAAGAUCUACCUCAGGCUCCUUGGGCCCCAGCUCCAGCCGAUGGCCUGCAGCCCCCAAAGGACUUGGAUGCACCCCUCUCCCCACAGCCUCCCAGCGAAGACCUCACCAGGUCUCCCCCACCCACUGAGCAGCCCUUGGAACUGGCUGCUCCUGAGGAGAUGGGGGCCACAGCCCCCACCCAGGAGCCUGGGGACCUGGCUGACAGCACCCCCGAACCUACAGGUCAGGACCUGGCCCAUCCUGACCCUGAGGCUCGGUCGGGUGCCUUGGCCUAGGGGAGAGGUAGCAGGACUCGGCCUGCCAUACUGAGAUGCCAGCCUCUGGUGCCUGAAGGCCAAGGACAGAUGGGAGAUGUCCGUGGACUGAGCCUGGGCUGGCCACCCUCCCCCAUGGUGCUCAAGUCCUCAGAGGUUCUUGCUCCCAUGCCCUGCUCCCAGCUCAUGUGGCUGCCACAAGCUCUGGGUAGCCAGGGUGUUUGUUGCCUGGCCCUUCCUGGUCCCUGUGCUGUGGCGGGCUUGGCCGGGCCGCAGACGCGUGCACAUCUGGUGCUUCCCUGCCGCUUCUGCCACCUCCUCUGACUUAUUCCAUACUACGCCCUGUUUUUGCUGUUUGUGGGGCUGGUGGGGGGAGAAGCCUUUGCCUCCCUGCUGAGCUGGUUCCCUGCUCACAUCAGCUGGUGCAGACCCGAGACCCAGAGAUUGUCAGCAGCCCCUCGUUCUCCAAGACAUAGACUCUGGGCUAAGACAGGGCCUACAGGGUAGGGGGCGAGGAUGGGGCAGCAGAGAGUGGACAGGCUGCUCCUUCCGGGACUGGAGGUGCCAUGUGUGCACUGCUCCCGCUUUUAAUAAACAGUCGUGACUGCUACUUCUGGUAGUGUUGCCUCAAGGGGUGUGAGUCUCAGGCUGCCCUUCUAAUGAGGGGGGCCCUGGGGGAUUCCCUACAGCCCAGGAGGGAAGACCUAGCCACACCUGCUGUUCAACUUUGUUUUCCACGUCAGCUUCAUCUUGCUCUGGGUCCUUCCCCAUCCCAGGCAUUUGCGUGUAGCUUUUUGGCCCUCCUGCUGGACACUGCUAGCCCAGCCCCACAUCUAGAAGCCGCGUGCUCUUCACUGAAGAGCCCAGGAGCCCUGGAAUGUGCUGGCGAGUUGUGGAACUGGCAUUUGGUCUCUACCUCACUGGCGGGGUUCUCUGGAGCCCAUAGCACAGAUGCCCGUGGUGGAACUGACCAGGACGUGGCCAGUGUGCAGGCCCAGCGCCCUUCUCUGUUGCCACAUGUAGUCGCUUGUGAAGCAGAGGCUACCCUCACAGGCGCUGGGGCUGUCUGGCUGUCAGCACCCUUGUACCACCCUCCCUAUCCAUGAAACCUCCAGACCUAAGUCCAGAAAGGUGUUUCUGUUUACGUGAAAUGAAGGCUGAAGCUCCCAUCUGCACAGACAGCCCCAUGCUGCCGUUUCCCCGGUCUGUUCUGGGCAGGAGCUUUGGGGGCCAGCUGUGAAUUGUUCAGAAAAAUACCAGCACUGAGACUUCAGCCCUAUUUUUCCAGGGAAAAAUGAUGAGUUUUUCCUCAGAAAAAAAGAGAAAGGUAAAUGUCUCCUUUAACACUUUUUGUGUGUUUCUUAAAAGCGCUGGAUGAGCUGGGACGGGAGUGAGUGGACCUCCCCUCUAGCCACUGUGAGGACAGGCUGGGGGCCGGGUGACCCCCUGUCUGCUGAUCAGACUGCGCCUUAAUUUAAGCCAUUUCAUAGUCGGGAUGAGCGUGGAGAUUUCUCAUUUGGUCUUGGAUGUUUGGCCAAUGUCAAGGAACCAGAGGUGGUUGUUCCUGAAGUUUCUGUUUGUAUGUUUUGCCUUGCUUCCGUUUGAGUCUCAUGAUUAAACACGGCUUUUGAUAUCUGG